UAUUGAAGGCUAUGCUCUAGCACUAAGUGUUCUGUACUAAGCUGGGCACCAGUGUUUAGUUCAUUGCAAUUAAAAUGUAGUGACCUACAGGUUUAAUUUAUUUUAGAUGAUUAGUGAUGCAGAUUGCAUCAUCACAAAUGUAGAGGCCAAAUGGCCAGGCUCUGUGCAUGACUCCAGAAUCUUUAGAGCCUCAUCUCUCUACCAGCAACUAGCAAGAGGAGAAUUCUCAGGAGUUUUGCUGGGAGACAAGGGAUACCCAUGCCUGCCUUACCUCUUGACUCCCUAUCAGGAGCCCCAGACAGAGGCACAGCACCGCUACAACAUUGCCCAUGCACGCACAAGAGGUCGUAUAGAGAUGGCAUUUGGGCUGAUAAAGUCAAGGUUUCAGUGUCUGAAGCACCUCAGAGUGACUCCACCUAGGGCAUGUGACAUUGUAGUUGCUUGUGUAGUGCUCCAUAACAUUGCUUGUCUGAGGAGAGAGAGGCAACCAAGGAUUGUUGAAGAGGAAGACUGGGGCAAUGAAGCAGUAUUGGAAGAAAACGAAACAGGCAGACUUAUACGAGACACAUAUGCAAAUAAUUAUUUUGCUUAAUAUGGUCUAAACCAUGUGUAGCUUUUAAAAUUUUCCACUGGCCCCUCAACUUUCUCCUUAGUUGAACAAACACACAGAAGUCA